AUGGCAACGGCUCAAAGCUGGAAGAUUUGGAGGGAAAUCGGAGAUGCCGUGAUCAAGGCGUCGAAGAACCCUAACCGGAGAUGGUACGGACCUCACAUGGCUGCAUCGGUUCGAGCAAUAUCCGAACGUAUACCACUUGUCGAUUUCGUGCUCGAGAUCAGAGACGCUCGUAUACCUUUGUCUUCUGAGUACGAGUUGUUGAGAAAGUUUACGCCUUUUAAAUCGAAAAGAAUAAUUGUGUUGAACAAGAUGGAGCUUGCGGAUCCUUUGGAGUUGAAGCAGUGGAUGGAUUACUUUGAGGAUAGAAACUAUCUAUCGUACGCAGUAAAUUCGCAUAACAAAGAAUCUGUCAAGCAAUUUCUCAACUUCUUGCAGAGUCAAGUUAGAGAAUUGCACAAAUCUGGGCAUUCUGGUCAUACCACAACUAUGAUGCUUCUUGGGAUUCCUAACGUAGGAAAGUCAGCUCUUUCCAAUUCUCUUCAUCAAAUCGGGAGGAUUAGUGCCACAGAGAAAGGUAAGCUAAAGCAUACAAUAGUUAGUCCGCAGCCUGGAGAUACUAAAGACAUUAUGAGCUUGAAGAUCGGUAGCCAUCCCAACGUCUAUGUACUAGAUACGCCUGGCAUUUUUCCUCCUUAUCUACUUGACGCUGCCAUCUGCUCAAAAUUGGCAUUAACAGGAGCUAUCCCGAAUGAUAUAGUUGGGGAAACUGAACUAGCACGGUUCUUUCUGACAAUUCUAAACUCGAGUCAUGAAUACAAGAAAUGGGCAAAACUUUGCAAAUCUCAGGAUUCAACAGAAAGCGUAUCAGCCCAACGUAAGAGACAGUACCCAACAGAUCAUACACAGGAUUUUAUAGUUAACGAUGUUCGAAGGGUUCUGUACGAGACUAUUUCAGCAUUUAACGGAAACUUAGAAGACGAUAUCAGCAUGAGAAGCCUUAUAGAGACGCAAUUCGUUGCCUUAAAGACAGUUUUACGGGUUUCAGAAGAAGCAAGUGAGUGUGCUGAUCUCAGAGUUGCUUCUAAGAUAUUGAAUCUAUAUAGAACUGGUAGACUAGGGCAUUACACACUGGAACAUGUUUCUGCUGUAGCCAAAUCCGAACACAAUUGUUAA